UGUGUGAGGACCCCGAGGCGGCAUGGCAGCCGAGAGUGAGAUGGGCAGAGAGGCCGCGCUGCAGAAAUCCGUCAUCCUGCAGCAAAACCGCCGUUUCCUCGACUUCUUCUGGGACAUCGGCAAAGCCGAUCAGAAUUUGCGGCUGCGAGGGAUCCAGGGUCUAUCAGACUAUCUCAGCAAUCCAGGGAGCAGGGAUGAUGAGUUACAAUAUGCAAUCAAGCGUCUGGUUGAAGGACUGGCAGCAACCCGCGAAGCAGCCCGUCCGGGCUUCAGCUUGGCCCUGGCACAGCUCCUGCAUUACAAUGAGGAUAUCCCUCUGCAAACAAUCCUGGAGCAGAUCAAAGAGAAACAUAAUAUAACAAAAGCAAAGAAGAAACUCAUCAGGAAUGCUGCAUUUGGAAAUCUCUUUGGUGUCUUGGCACUUUGGCAGUCAGGACGGCUCACAAAGGAGCCAAAUGUAUUUCUGCAGUCGAUGCAAUUGCUGCAGAGCCUUGCUCCGUUUAGAAAUCAUCUCUCAGAUUUGCCCCACAAAACUAUGGUAGACAUCCUGUAUGAGACCCCAGAGAUUGUCUUCAAGGAGACUCUGUUUGAAGCCUUAAAAGCCGAUUUGUCAACGGCCUUAUCCAGCCCGGAGCAGUUACAUUUGCUGCUGGUUUCACUGCAACGCUUCCCAAAUGUUCUGAAGCCUGAGAGGUUGAAGGCUUUGCUUGGAUCAACUGUCAUUGUGACAUCAGAAAAUAUUCCCAAGUUAACCCAGGUGUUGAAAAUUGCUGCCAAGACUGUGAACAAGUCUCAGACUCUGCCACCUCUUGCCAUGAGCCUGGUGCAUGUCACCUUGAAGGAAGACACAUUUGAAACUUUCUGGAAGGAGCUGGUAGAGAAUCACUUGCUCAACUCCCAGAUGGGGCCCAGCUGCUACCUGUGUUUCCGGUUACUUGGUGCAGUAUUACCACUCCUAACAUUGCCCCAACUUAAACUUGUUCUCACGGGAGAGGUGAUGCGACAGUAUGGGAACCAUGUGGUUUCAGCUCAGCUGCCAGGCAGGUUCAAGUUUGCACCAGAAAUGGAGACCUACGUUGACUCCUUUCUUGAAAGCACCCAGGAUUCUGAGAAGCAGUUUACAGUAAUUACCAAGUUCUCGUGCCUCACUAACCAGGGUUACCCUGUGAUUCCCAGUUAUUGGAAAGUGAUACGUCACUUACAGCCCUCAGUUUUAUUGAACUAUGUCAAUUGGCUGAAAAAUAUGUUCAUCAGUCCAGACCUUGAAGCCUGCUUGGACUUCAGCACCAAACGACAGAAGGAGAACAAACAACGACCUGGCCUAAUGCAACACUCAGUGACAAGGCUGCGAAUGUGGAUUUUUGCACGGCUCACCUCAAUUGUGGAUAAUAAUCAAGUGAAGAAAGAGGAAGACCUGGUUAUGGACAUUUCCAAAUUCAUUUUCUUCCACACCUUCUUUGUGACUGAACAGCAAACACCUGAUAUCCCAGAGACUGAGGCGACACUGACUAUUCCUCUGAACCCAACCACCCGGAAUGCGAUUGCAAAUUCUUUCUUUGGUCUGUUGAACCAUCUGAAUUCCCUACCUCCACUGGGCAACUCCACUGAAUCAGUUGGCCAGAAUGAAAAACGCAUGCUGGGAUUUACAGCAGAUGGAAAAAUGUGGAUCUACUCUGUGGUUUGUUAUGCUGAUUCCCUGCUGUCAAAGAAGGACUCCAUCAGACUUGUCCAACCCUUUACGCAAGAGCAGAGAGAGGCCUGGGACCGUAUGCUCCAGUCUGUCAAAGAUCUGCAGAAAAAUUCAAAGAAAUCGGAGCUGUUGGAGAUUUCAGCCUUUCAGUUGCUCUUCCUGCUCGUUGGCAUUCAGCUCUUCAAGAAUCGUGACGAUUCUGUGGCACUAAUGAGUGACCUGCACACAUGUCUGCAGAAAGCAUCGGUGAAGAAAAGGAAAAGGCAGUCUGCGUCUGCAAUGGAUCAAGAAGAACCGGAGUGGGUGGAGGUUGUGGUUGAAAUUUUGCUGUCUUUUCUCUCCCAACCAAGCCGUUUGAUGCGGCAGGUCUCAAAAAUGGUGUUUGUGCGGAUUUGUCCUCGCAUCACCAAGGCAGCCUUGCAACUCAUCCUAGAUGUCUUCAAACCGGAAUCUGAAAGUGGUGAAGAGAGUGCCCUGAUGGUAACUGAAGAGCCUGAGGAAACAAAGAAGGUCAAGCAGUCAUCUGGAAAUGAGAUGGAGGAUGAGAGUGACCACGAUGAAUCUGAGGGGGGUGAGGAUGAUGCUGAUGAUGACGAUGACGACGACGACGACGACGACGACGAUGAUAGUGAGGAGGAAAUUGCUGAGGACGAGGCUGUAGAUGACAACUUUCGCAUGGAACUGAUGAAGGUUCUGCAGGCAGGCCGUGCAGCUUGCAAGGAAGGGGAGAGCAGUGACGAGGAGGAGGUGGAUGACGAGAUGAUGAUGGCAUUGGACAAAAACAUCUCCUCCCUCUUUGCUGAACAUAAGAAACAUCUUCAAGCUAAGAAAGAUCAGAAGGCAAAGCUGAGGAAAGAGAAGACCUUGCGGACAGAUUUCAAAAUGAAGGUCCUGGACUUCAUUGAAGUGUUCAUUGUGAAACAGCCUGAAAGCCCACUUGUCUUUGACAUUAUUGAGCCCUUGAUUGCAAUUAUUGAAGCGACCCCAAGCUCUCACUCAGACAAACAGGAGCAAGACUUUCUCCACAAGACUGCAGACAUUUUGAAGAAUCAGCUAUGCAAAGCCAAGCGCUACUGUCGAGACAUCUCUGAGAUAAAGGAUGACCUGCAUGAGUUGAUGGAACGAUUGCUAAAUCGAGCCUGCAAGCAACCAGACUCUUCAGUAUCUCUGUAUUGUUUCAGUGGGAGCCUUUAUCUCUUCAGAGUACUGAAAGGAAGCCCAACUGAACCUACAACCGCUGGCACCUGUAAAAAGGAAGAGUGUGAGGGGGAUGUGCAAACUGAAUCUGCACAGGCUGAUUCACUCGGCAGCCUGGAUAUUGACAGAGUGGCUGUAAUCUAUGAGAAAGUUCUGACCCUCUUCAUGACCAAACGCAACUGCUCCCUCACUGGCCCCAUGUUUAUCGAUCUCUUCAAUCGUUCCCCAGUCAUUUGUGCUCGGCUGCUGCAGUGUGCAAUCAAAUACAUCACUGAUGGAGUGCGGCAGCACCAGCAGAGUCUGGCCUGCUCCCUUGUCCUGAAAGCUGUGCAGACCCAAGUGGUGAGAAAGACCCUGAUAGACCAAGAAGGGAAAAUUAUCAUCAAUCAGAUCAUCAACCAGGUUAAACAGUGUUUGAAAACCACAACAAAGGUUAAACUGAAGGUGGAGCAGGAAAAAGUGGUAAAAUGCUUGGAGCUGAUCAGCGUUCUUUUCAAGAUUGUGAAUCAACAGAAGCUCAAUGUGUCAAUGAAGGUCCUGGUGCCUCUGCUACAGUCGCUGGGGCAGCUGGCAGAAUUUGGCCAGACUUCACAGGUGGACCAUGCAUACUGGCACGUGAUGAAACUGUUCGGAUUCAUGCGACCCAAGAAGGAUGUGGUGAUAAAGCCAGCGCAAACCCCAGAGGCUCCCGAAGACAAGCCCUUGAAAAAAAAGAAAGGCUUUCUCCCAGAGACCAAAAAACGGAAGAACUGGAAAAAGAAGAAAGGCAUGCCUCAGGAGAAGGCGCAGGAGGGAGAGAGAGAUUCCGUGGGAAAGCCUGAGGUAGAUCCAAAGCCUGAGAAGGCUCUAAAGACUGCAGGGGCAGGUCAGGCGAAAAAACAAAACAAGAGGAAGAGAAUUCCAGAGAAAGGGCCAUCAGGAAACUCGUUGGAGAAGUCGGGUAUGCCAUCUAAAAAGGCCAAGCUGAGCCGAGCGCAAGUGGGCAAACGGGCAACUGCGAAACAAAAAAAGCAAGAAGCUGGAGCAAUGGAGUGAUCAUUGGGUUGUACAGGCAUGCCAGGGAAUCCUUGCUAGUUUAAAUCCUGGCUUUCCAGGAUUCCAGAGUGCUCAAGAACCUGGAAGACACUAUGGUCAUGAUUGAACUUAGUCAUGGAAGUUUGGGACUUUUUGUUUUAAAAGGUUGCCAAAGGCCAAUGUCUAAAUGGUUAGACUGUUAAACCAUGCAAAUAACUCAGUUAUUUGGGUUGAAUUGUUUGAGUCCAAAAAGUGGAACCUAACCCUUAAUGUGCUUUACACAACUUUUAGACGAUCACCUCUAAUAAAAAUCAAUUCUUGAAAUGUA